AUUUGAUUAGAUAAUGCUUUUUGAACAGAUUUUAUAUUUUAAUAAUAAAUGACGUGUUAUUUAAGUUUAUGAACUUUUAAAGAUUUAAGAUUUUACUAUGAAGUUAAAGGUUGUUUUCUUACAUCCAGAUCUGGGUAUUGGCGGAGCUGAACGUUUAGUGGUUGAUGCGGCUGUAGCAAUGAAAGAAUUUGGUCAUUCUGUACAAAUAAUUACUAACCACCAUAGCACUUCACAUUGUUUUGAAGAAACUAAAGAUGGUACGUUGCCGGUGAUAGUUGUAGGCGAUUGGCUACCAAGAACUGUAUUGGGCAAGUGUUAUGCAUUGUGUAGCUAUUUACGCAUGAUUUACGCUGCUUUGUAUUUGACAUUUUUUAGCUCCAUUGUUCCAGAUGUGGUAUUCGUGGAUCAAAUAUCAGCUUGCAUACCUGUAUUGAAAUGUAUGCCAUGUAAAGUUAUAUUUUAUUGUCAUUAUCCUGAUCAGUUAUUGGCUGCACAUGAUAAUAUCUUAAAGCGUUAUUAUCGAUUACCAUUGGAUUGGUUAGAAGAAAAGACCACUAUGUGUGCUGAUAUGAUUUUGGUAAAUAGUUAUUUUACAUUAAAUGUGUUUAAGAAUACAUUCAAGAGUAUUAAAAAACAACCAGAAGUUGUUUACCCAUCUAUAAAUACAGCAUUUUUCGAUAAUACUGAAACCACAAAUUUGGAGGAUAUAAUAUGUAUGGAUAAUUGUAAAUUUCUCUUAUCUGUGAAUAGGUUUGAAAGAAAGAAAAAUCUGGAACUAGCAAUUCAUAGUCUAAGCUUAUUAUCUGAUGACAAUAUCAAACUAAUUUUAGCCGGAGGUUAUGACCCAUUGAAUUUAGAAAAUAUUGAAUAUUUUCAAGAAUUAUUAAACCUUGUCAAAGAUUUGAAUCUCAAUAAUCGUAUUAUAUUUUUGAAGUCGCCAUCUGAUGGUAUAAAAAUAUCACUUCUUAGGCAUUGUUUGUGUUUAAUAUAUACUCCAUCUAAUGAACAUUUUGGUAUUGUUCCGUUAGAGGCAAUGUACUGUUGCAAACCAAUAGUGGCAGUAAAUAAUGGUGGACCUAAGGAAACAAUUGAAAAUGGUAUCAAUGGAUAUUUACGAAUUGCUGAACCAAAAGAAUUUGCUGAUGCUAUAGAACAGCUUAUGAAAGUGGAAGAAAAUGUUGAGUUAUUUGGUUUGAAUGGCAAGAAGAGAUUUGACAAUAUGUUUUCAUUUGGAGCAUUUAAAAAUAAAAUAAACAAUGUAUUAGAAAAAGUAUGUCUGACCGAUAGGCUUUAAAUUGGAAUUUAUGUUUUGAGAUACUAUAUUUUUCAUUUAAGU